AUGCAAGUCCAACACCAACCCUUGUGUGUGCCGUUGGAGGAUGUCCCCCUCUUAGUUACUACGGCCGACACCUCAUCACAGCAGCGAGUCGUUCUACAAGAGCGAUCAGUUAAUCAGUCCCACGAGUAUUAUGGCAGCACUACCUCUUUGCAGCUAAAGCAGCAUGGCAGUCCUAGCCCAACAGAGAAUGCACACGCACAACGAACUACCGCAGCAGGCGCCUACUAUACCGGCAAUGUGCAUGCAAACCACGUUGGAUUGGCCGGCUUUGGUGUUGAAAAGUCGGAGAAACAUAUCAGAUAUGAACUCGACCGGAUAUACAGGAUGUUGGCGCGAUCAGACAAGUAUCAAAAGUACCGCGAGAAGCAACCUGUCCUUAGUCCUGCCGAAGUCAUCGCAAGAGAUGCGGCGGAGGAGAAGGAGCGAGCAAGAAAAGAAGCAGCGGGCGAGAAACCGGACAAGAAGGAUAAUACCGUGUGGCCAGAUUUCUUGGAGCACGCAUUUUGGAGAGGCAAACUGCGAGGACGAAACGAACUGAUCCAGAACUCGAUUUCCAGAGACACGGGCAUCCGUCGGGAUCGCAAGCGGGUAUCUAGUCACUUGCAAGUGCUCAAAGGAAAGCUGGAAGGCUUCAACUUCGGUCAGUACCCGUUCCUCCUUGCCUACAUCUCUCUACCAGAAGACUCAAAGAAGCGCCGCCGCGGGGAAGUCGCCUCUCAGGUAUAUCAUUCGUCGCACCUGCGUGCCCGCCAACAUGCGCAGCGCACGGAUUCUGUUACCAAAUAUGAGCAUGAUACGUCCUCACUGCACCUUUGGCCGCAUCUGGGUGGCUCGGACCUUUCUCUAGGCGUAGCUGCGCGGAGCGAAUCGUCAUCGCCUUUUACUGUGACCGAGUUUGCCAUGACAGUAGAUGGCGAGCAUCAGCCUGUGCAUUGUUUCACAAAGAUGCACUCCAACGGCAGACUUGAUAGUUUGGACAUUGCAGACUUCAAGUCGUGGCACCGUCAAUAUCCCGAGUUCGACUUUCUACAAGCUGAAACAGAGACUUGGGCUAGGCAUGACCGGAAGGUGCUGGUUUGCGAUUCAUCUAUCAAGGUGAUGACUGAAGCACGACCAAAAGCUAACCUUACCAUCACGUUCGAUCUUCAUUCGCAGGUCAAUCUUUCAGCGCUUGCUUCUCUUGAAUGUACCACUCGCUUUUACGACAGUGGAGAUAUUGCUUCGAAUCCACAGCUCGAUCCAACAAAGCAUGAGCAAAAGGAACAUCGCACGUCUUGCGAAUAUCACCCAGACCCUCGAGGCUCGUCGGGCCAUCUACGUAUCGCUUUUGGAUCACCAUUCUGGGUAAUGCGCCUAGCCAAGUAUCAGAACCUAAGACACAAAGACGAGAAGUCUGUAAGGGAUUCCUUACUACGCCUGACAGCAACGCAAGACAUAUACGGUAUCAUGCCUGGCACAGGCGAUGCUCAAUGUCUUUUCACGAUCCUGUGGAGAUUCCAGCAGACUAGGAAUUCUGCAGAGGUGGGCAGUAUGAAGUGGCGCUCGGUCAGCCUCGCCCGCUGUCAACCGGCCAUCGAGCAGAGGUGGUGUCAAGAGAUGGAGUACAAGACUGAGGUCAUGGAGAGGGAUCAUGAGGAGAUAUUGGAUGAUCCUACCCCCGCAACGGCGGAUAUAUCGCUCUACCAGCAAGCUUCACAGCUGCCCUUGGAUUUUGCGCAUCCCCAUGCAGAUCACCCGUACGGAGUGCAAUCUCAUCAGGAGCACCCGCCUCCGUCGCUCUCCCUCGACAUUCUCGCCUCCAUGCAACCGGAUCUAGAACACGUUGAUGCUUCAGCGACCACUACCGCAACCGAAUUCUCUCGACAAAGCUUUGCGCUUUCACACACGCAAGAUUUGUUGCCCUCUAAUGCACACAAUGAUUUCGACUUUGACGGUGGCCACAUCACCAUUAGUGGUGCUUUCGAGCCUGCCAUCAACCUAUCAGCAUACGACAGUUUCGGCAUUGCGAGCCAGAGUACAGGCCUCGAGAGCCUGCAUGCGCUUGCUGGUCUAGAACACGAUGAACUGGCCAACAUGGGACUUGCUGUUGGUGAACAUGGACAAUUGGUUGCUGUUGAUACAAGCAGUCAUAUGCAAGACCCCACUGACUUGGCUUGCUACUCAACAAAGCUCAAUUGGCAUCACGCAGAUCUUAUCUCGCAUCUCGAAAACGCCGCGGAACAGUAUCACCCUUAUCUCACACACGACGAUCACGAGCAAUCCAAACAAGGCCAUGAGGUGAUUCAUGCCCACGACAUAUAUCAGCAAGUCAACCAAGAAGAAGGUUUGGUCGUGCAGGGUCUUCAUGAGGCCCAUGCCAGCGUCAAUCAAGGUCUCUGGGAUUUACAGGGUCUACAGAGUCCCUUUGAAGGAGAUACAGGGGGUGGGGCUAUCAACGAGGUGGAUUGUCGGAAAGAACAGUCCCACGGGCUAGGUUUUGGAGUGUUGGAUUUAAUUGAGACCAGAGAAGUAGGAGCUACUAGACAUGGGGACGAUCUGCUAAUGACGAAAUGA